AUGGGCGAGGAGGGAACGGACGCAGACCUGUCCCUGCCAGAGCAUGCCGCCAUGACGGCCGAGGCCUGCCGCGCGGCGUUCCCCGACCUCGACUGGCUCCACCUCGUCGGCCUCAUCCACUCCCUCGGCAAGCUCCUUGCGCACAAAAGGAUAAAAGGGGAGCCGCAGUGGGCGGUGUGUGGGGAGAGCUUCCCAGUGGGCUGCCGCUUCCACCCCAGCAUCGUGUGCAGCGCCUUCUUCUCGGUCAACCCCGACCGCCGCCGGCGCAUUUACAACACGCCCACCGGCAUCUACCGCGAGGGCUGCGGCCUGGCCGCCGUUCACAUGUCUUGGUCCGCCAGCGAGUACCUCUACAUGGUGCUGCUGCUGAACAAGACAAAUCUGCCGGCGGAGGCGCUGUUCCUGAUCCGCCACCAGCGCUUCCACUCGCUCAACCGGCCGGGCGCGCCGUACGACGAGCUGCUGAGCGGCAGCGACCGCCUCAUGGUGCCCUGGCUGGCGCGCUUCAAGGAGCUGUCCGCCUACAAGCGCAAGCCGCCCCCGCCCGGCGGCCGCCUCACCGGCGACGCCUUCCGCGCCUACUACUCCGGCCUCAUCGCCAAGUACAUCCCCCAGGGCACCCUGCACUUCUGA